AUUUUAGUGACUUCGGAUCGCAUAACUCCAAGCUGCAAGCAUGAGCGUAAGUUAUCUGCUGCCUCUGAGGCUUUGGCACAGCCUUGUAUCGCCCGCCUCGUUCCCUUCUCUCUCAUUUCCCGAAGCAGCUUCUUGUGGCGCUGUACGACACUAUGUUGAAUCGCUAACGAUGAUCGUAUGCUAUCAGGAGAAGACUGCGACCCAGCCGCAGAUGUCCAUGGAGCAGAUGCAGCAGCAGCAAAUGAAGCAGCAGUGCGUGACCUCAGUCUAUUCUCGUGAAAAGUUGGGUAGUGGCUGAGUAUGGUGGUCAACAGGGAGCAGGAGCAGAUGCGUCAGUCCUUGGUGCAACAAGUUAUGCUACCCGACGCUCGAGAGCGCUGUACGUAGCUUUAUAAUAUGCAGCUAAACGUUUAUCAUAAACUGAACUCUAAUUGCUGUGGGGUUUCCCACUAUACAGUGGCUAGAAUAGCUAUCGUGAAGCCCGAGAAGGCGCGCGCGAUCGAGGAUAUGGUGAUCCAGAUGGCGCAGCGCGGUCAGCUGGCGGCCAAGAUCGACGAAGACAAGCUCAUUGACCUGCUUAACCAGGUCGGAGUCACCGAGGAAAAACAGCGCACGAAAGUCACGAUGAAGCGACGGACGUACUUUAGCGACGAAGACAACGACGACGACGACGACGACUUCUGAGCUCAUACUCUCCUGGUCUGACAAAGUCUUUCUAGUUCGGGUUGAAAAGUCCAUUCUGGCCACAAGUAGGCACAAGUUGUGUUGCACAUAGUGGAUUGAGUCAACAUCAAGGAUGGCGUUCCAUCCUCACGUGAAUCACACCUACAUUUCUUCAAACAUUUCAGUGCACAUAUCGUUUGUCAGCUACUACGAAGGUGUCAUAUCAAACUACAAAGGGCGAUGUGGAGCUUUAUUUAAUUAACGUUAAAUUAGAGCAGCACAAGUUAGGGUCGAAAGAGAAGAGAUGUCAGGCGUUCGAAGAGUUUAUAUACCCGCCUUCAGG